ACGGUUCGCGACUUUGACUGGAUUCGCGUCGCGCCCGCUACAUCUAUCCUCUUGCGAGCUCCUCGUGCGAGCUCACCGGAGCUAUCCCAGCAUCCAGAGCGCUGAUAGGAACGAGCGGAUGCAACAAAAUGGCAUAGAUGAAGUCGCUACAAGGACGGUCGGCGGCGCAGCGUCAGAGCAAUGCCGCACUCGGGCGGCCCGUCGAGUCAAGAGUCGACCGUAUGGCUCAGACGCUCCUCUCACACCGUCAGCCUUGCUUUUAUCUUCUCUCUCUGUUCUCUCUUCCAUCAGCUUCAAAGCAAUGGCCAUCGAUAUGGACCCACCGCCAACUUCCGGGGGCUCAAUCUCUGCCGUCGUAGACCUCGACUCGCUUUGUCCCAUCUACGACGACCUCAUCAUCUGGUCCUGCUUCGUCGUAUUGUAGACGGGCGUCUGCUUCUGGGAGGGGAGACAUGCGGUACAAGCAACCAGGCCUCGAGCUGAAUCGCGUCUGCUGCUCUCACCAACCAGUACGUCAACACCGUCCAUACGCACUGGCCCCUGAUCGCGGGCAAAGAGAAGCGCAAGAUGUCGGGUAUCUGCUUUCUCGCUGCUCGAAU